GUUCUUUUGUUUAUUCAGUGCAUCAUAAUUUAGUAGAACACACAAGAGAAGUCAGUGUGCUUCAUAGAUUACACACAACUUUAGUCACCUGCUGCUCUUUUUUUAAUCCACAUAAUUAGCGGUUAAUUGACUUUUGACGCUGCUUUUUUUUUCCUCGUGAGUUUUUCCUUCAAAAGAGACGCAAAGGAGCGACAGCGCAGCACGGAAGUUUACCAAACCUGAAUUGCUAAAAACAGUCAAGGUUCAGGGUCGAGAUGGCCGCCCCCUCUUCCAGCAGAAGAAGCAAGAGAAACAUGGCGGCUAGUGUUUCCGAGCCGCUGGCUAAAUCGUCCAAAGUCACGCUGCUGAGUCCGUCCCUGCUCCUCCUGGAAAUCCCCUCCGACACCAACACCAGCCUCCCGAUAUGGGACGCCAUGAGAGCCCAGCACGUCGACGUCACCUGGACCGUCAAUCCCUACAGCGUCAGUGUCCACUUCACCCCCAAGACCUCCAAGCCAGACAGGGAGGGGACAUCCGCUGUGGCAAAGCCCUCAUUCGGUUCCUCCAAUGUUCUGCAGCCUCACAUGGUCAUUCAGUCCAUCACCCCGCUCCACGACACCUCCCAGAACACCACCCGCGUCCUGCUCACCUUCUCUCAAAACACCACCCAGAUAUUUGCAGGCCAGCAACAGAAAAGACCGCUCCAACCUGAGCCGGCCACCUCCUUCAUCUUCUCCCUGCCUCUCAUCAUCACCCAACCGCAGCCUGUCCAUCAACCCACUGCCUCCACCACCGGGAAACCGCCCCUACCCACCAUCCAGACCCCCAAGACCCCGCCGCCCAUAGCACCGGUCCCCACUCCUUACCACACAAAGAGCUGCCCCGACGUCCUAAUCUGUGACGACUUCCUCUUGAACAAGUGUCUCGCGGGGAAGAAGUGUAAGCUGCACCACACACCGUACCCGUUUCACUGGCAGCUGUGGAACGUGUUCACCCAGGAGUGGGUGGACUUCCCCAUCCACGCUCAGGCCCUUCUGGAAAGGAUCUACUGUGACGUGGAAAAGGACGUGGUAACUAUCAAGGACGGACGAGACCGCUACACUCUCACCUUUGACAUCAUGGAGGUGGACGAUCCGUCCAUCUAUGACGGUGUAAGACGACUCACCAACUCCGACGCGCCCGAAAGAAACAGUUACUUCCCGAGCAGUUGGAAAAUCUACUGGUGGAACAACACCACCUGGAAGGAGUAUGACGAGAACAUUUCUACCUUGCUGCGCAAGGCGAUGCAGGACAAGGAGCCCGAGUGUUCGUUCUACAUCAGCUCACAGGCGUACAAGGUGGACUUCACCACCAUGAGCCAGACCAACGUCACCACCGGGUUCCUCAGAGACGUCCGCUGGCGACCGGUGUACCGCUCCCCUGCGUCCAUGAUGCCUCACCUGCAGACAGGAAUCCAGAUUGAACCCCCUGAGUCUGCCACUGGUCCACUGGGGGGAAACUUCAGGGUGGACCCCCUGGAAGACUUCAGCACCUGGUAUCCUCCAGUGUGGCGUUUGUCCUCUCAGGAGGAGGAGUACAGCCUGGUGGACGUCCCGAUGGGAACGAAGGCCUACCAGAGCAUCCAGAGCCUCUUCUAUCAGAGCCUGCCCGACACCAAGGUGGACAUCGUCAGCAUCCAGCAGGUCCAGAACCUUCUCCACUGGGACAAGUACCAAAGGCACAAGGCGUACAUGCAGAAGCAACACGCCAAGUCCAAAGAACCGCUCGAGAGACAUCUCUUCCAUGGUACAAGCAAACUGGCCGCAGACGACAUCUGCCACAACAACUUUGACCCGCGCGUGGCCGGCAUCAACGGCGUCUCCUACGGUUACGGCUCCUACUUCUCCACCACCGCCUCCUACUCCCACACAUUCACGGCCAUGGACAAAACCCGCCACAUGUUCCUGGCCAAGGUCCUGGUGGGGAAAGUGAACCUGGGUCAGAACAACUUCCGCCGGCCGCCGCCGCUCGUCUCCAGGACGAAGCAGCACUGCCUGUACGACAGCUGCGUGGACAACGUGUACAAGCCCACCAUGUUUGUGGUGUUCGACAGCUGCCAGUGCUACCCGUACUACCUGGUCAGGUACAGAAGCCUCCCCAAUGAGAUCACCAUUUAACGGGGGAGGGGCGGGGUCUCAGUGGCGAGCAAUGUUCAACGUUCAAAUAGUGUUAAAGGUUAAAUUUAGCAACAGUUCACAUGUAGCUGCGUCGACGUCCAAGUGAUAAAUUACGUGCUUUUAAAAAAAAGGAAAAAAAUGUGAAGCACUUAAGUUUUUUUCAAAAUGAUUUUUUAUUUUGGUUCUCGAAACUUGGAUGUUUUUCCGUUCUGGAUUGAGUUGACAUACAAGAAUGUCCUGUUUAAGAAAAAUAAAGUGUUCACCGGGUACAUUCAUCCUCUCACCGCUGCAGCGCGAUGAGCAUUUAGUGUGAUCGUUCCACCUGAUUGUGCCGCGUGUGGUGGAACGUGUUUCACUGAAGUCUCUUUACAAUAAAAAGUAUUUCAAAAUACUUUAUUCUCUCUUUUCUUGUAUCACAAUUUUUUUUUUUUAAAUAC